UUGCCAGCCGCGUGGCAGCAUUUACCGUCGCUUGCACUACCCGAUGGCGCCCAUAAUGUCGACCAUGGUUUGAACUAUCCUUCACUAGUUUCCUGUUUUGUUUCAUUCUUUUCAACUGUUGAAAAAAAGCGCCUGAAAUUAUUGAAGUGUGUUAAUAAUUCACACGUUAUAUAUUUUUUGUUACCCUCGUUGGAUAAUCCGAACCGAUCAGUUUUUGGUAUUUCCUGUUAUCGACAAAUUCUUGCCAAGGAUCUCUUGAAUAAAUCAACAGAUGUCACUCGAAGUACGGUUCAGAAAAGUGUUUGUGUCCUGUCGCGGAUACCUCUCUUUGGUGUUCUAACUGCUAAACUUCAGCUUAUCACAGAAGUUUAUUUUAACGAAAGAGAUUUUGCAAAAGUAUGUUAUUUUGCUUUGUUGAUAAGUCUUUAAGA